AUGGAAGUAACGCGGUGCGGGAUCCAUGCCUUUCAUGAGACCCUGGGCAUUGACGCAGACGAGAUCCGAUUCUACUGGACUCUUCACUCCGACCUCGAGCAUGCUUCACAAACAGCGUACCGGGUGGUGGUCGCCCUGAGCCAAAAAGCGCUUGAUCAAUCCUCGCAUUCAGACAUUCUAUGGGAUUCUGGCAAGGUUGAGAGCAAUGCUCAGCGAAACGUUCUCUGCAAGCCAGACGGCGGCUUCAAGUCGGCGAGCUUCCACUACUGGAAGGUUACCGUCUGGGAUCAGGAUGGCCAGUCUUCAUCCAGUGGCCUCAACGAGUUCUUUACCGCGUACCCCAGAUCGAGCAGACUUCUGCCUCCGUACAGCAUGAACCAAACCUACAUGCCCCAUACGAGUCUAAUCUUCCGUGCCUGGUUCGAAGACGAGCCUAACCGUUGGAAGGGCGUCUGGAUCGGCGACAGCAGCGACAAGCCCUUCUACCUCCGCAAGUCCCUCCGCCUCGACCGCAAACCGACACGAGCCGUCGCCUUCGCCUCAGGCCUGGGCCACUUCAACCUCUCCUGCAACGGCAACCCGGCCUCAAACCACGUCCUGGACCCGGGCUGGACGAACUACCACCGCACAGUCCAGUUCGUCGCCUAUGACUUGAGCAGCUUCCUAAACGAAGGAGAAAACGUGCUGGGCGCUCACGUCGGUAACGGGUUCUACGCAGGCGACCAGGGCGACCGCUUCUUCUGGCCAAUGUACGAGGACAACACGUACGUCCGGUAUGGCAACGAGCUCUGCUUCUUUGCGGAGCUGCACCUCUUCUACGAGGACGGUAGUAGGGAGACCAUCAUCACCGGCCCGGACUGGAAGACGAGGAAGAGCGCUACCACGCUGGCGAAUAUCUACGCCUCGGAGAACAAGGAUUUCCGGAGUUACCCGGCGGGUUGGGAUGCGCCGGGCUUCGAUGAAUCGAAGUGGAAGCCGGCGACGCCCGUGACUGGGCCGCGAGGAAAGCUCAAGUACCAGAGCCAGCCGCCGGUCACCCUGCACGAGACAUUUGAACCGGUCUCGAAGAAGAGUUUGGAGCGUGGUGUUGUGGCCUUUGACCUGGGCCAGAAUGCCUCAACCAUGGUUCGCAUCGAGAUCAGCGGACCAGCAGGGGCUGAGGUGAUCGUGCGGUAUUCCGAGAGCGUUGACGAGACUGGCAGGGUGUUGAUGCCCGACCCUUUGUUCAAGGAAUUUGAGACCAAAGUCUACUCCAAGAUCACCCUAGCUGGCACCGGAAGCGUCGAGGUCUGGGAGCCCGACUUCAGCUUCACGAGUGCCCGGUACAUCCAGGUCGAAGGUGUGUCACUGACCGAGGGCGAGGGGCUUCCCGUCAUCCACUCCGUCGUCGGCCGGCAUGUCUCCUCCGCAGCUCGUCGUCUCGGCACCAUGAAGACGGACGUCGAAGACGCCAACGCGCUGAUCAACAUGUGCUAUUGGUCUUUCGUCAGCAAUCUCUUCAGCUACCACACCGACUGCCCGCAGAUUGAGAAGUUUGGAUGGCUCGAGGUGACGCAUCUCCUCGCGCCAGCGACGCAGUACAUCCGCGACAUUGAAGCCCUUCACUCCAAGAUUCUCGACGACAUCUUCGAUACGCAGGAGUACAACGGUCUGGUGCCCACGAUGGCCCCUGAAAUUAGAUACAUGUGCGGCCCGCUGCACGACACCAUCACCUGGGGCGGAGCUAUCGCGCUGAUUCCUGAGAUUCUGAAAAAGUACUACGGGUCUACGCACAUGUUCCAGAAGAUGUAUCAGCCUUGUGUUCGGUACAUGGAGUAUCUGCACACGAAGGAGCGACAGGGAGGGCUCAUUGAGCACGGUCUCGGCGAUUGGGGCUGGGACAUUGCGUUCGGAAACCAUCAAGCUAACAUCGAGACCGCGAUUUACUACCGGUGUCUCCGCAACGUUGAGUUGAUGGCCCGAGAACUGGGUUACACCGAAGAUGAGAAGAGAUUCAGGGAGUGGGCUGACAGGAUCUACAACGUAUACAACCAAUAUCUCCUCAUCGCCGACAAGCAGGAGCAUCCUUACGCCUUCUACACCUCCCUCGACAAACCAGACACCCACGACCGCACCAUGAUUGCCCAAGCAAUGGCACUCCAGUUCGGUCUCGUCCCCGAGGAGCACAUCUCAGACGUCCAGAAGGCCUUCGUAGACGAUGUCUCGGACUGCAGAAUCCGCGCUGGCGAGAUCGGCCUCAAGUGGCUGUGGAACACCUUCACGGACGUCGACAGGCCCGACAUCGUCAUGGCGAUGGCCCGCCAGGAGGAGCACCCCUCGUACAUGCGCUUCCUGCGACGCGGCGAGACCACGCUCAACGAGUUCUGGCAGGACGCGUGCCGCAGCAAGUGCCACGACAUGCUCGGCACGAUCUACGAAUGGUUCUAUGAGGCUGUUCUGGGAGUCAAGGUUGAGGAUGACGCGUACAGGACGUGGACUGUGAAGCCUCCGCUCAGGUCGGAGUUCAACCUGGUCGAAGGCACGUUUGAGUGUCCCUAUGGCAUGAUUGAGGUCACAUUCAAGCGUGAGGGCGACGAUGUGCGGAUGAAGGUUACUGUUCCGACGAGCACAAAGGCUACACUGUUGCUGCCGAGAGAGGAGAGUGCGGUCGAGAUCACUAGGCAGGGGACCGAUGGGUCGAGAAAUGCGGCUGGAAAGAGGGUGCAGCUGCUUCCCGGGCAUUACGACCUGGUGCUAUUUCCAUAG